AUGUAUCUGCUUUUCUAUUGGACGAACGAACAUACGAACGAACGAACAUACAAACGAACGGCGCUUGCUCACUUUUCGUCUAACCCUCCUUUCAGUAGAGGGAAUGAUUCAUCUAUUUCUAACCAAAUCAAAGAAUAUCUGAUUCAUCGAACAAAUAAAUUAAAACAAGAUAUUUAUAAAAAUGUAGCAAAAUCUCGAGCAAUCGUACUUCAGUUGCAUCAACGUUCAUCGUCAUCGAGAAAACAAAAGAUUAUUGGUGUCUCUCCUGAACCCUAUAUUGACUUGAUGUCACAUCAAUUUAUUAAACGUCAAUGGAAUCAUCUUUCACUUGGUCCAUCUUGUAUAAGAUUAAAUCAAAGUGCUAUUCGUCCUCGAAAGCAACAAGAAAUUCACAUAAAAAAAGAACAUACAAAUAUUGAUCAAAAAGUUAUCCACCAUCUCACAUCACAACCACAUAAUAUGCCAUUAAAAUCAAGGAUUCUUAAAACAUAUUCCGAUGAUCUACUUACAUUGGAACAAGCCAAAACCGCUUUAUCGAUUCAACGAAAAAUCAAGAAAUCCAAUCUUAUUCUUCGUGUUACCGAUAAGGGUCACAAUUUUUAUAUUGGCUCAGCAAUUGAGUUUGAUAAAAAAGUGCAAAAGUUUUUUCAAGAUACAAAUGCUUUUGUGGUAUUAAAAGAAAAUCCAUUCAAUGAAAUUUUGGAUAAAGUCAUUCAUUUACUCAAUCAACUUCAUGGAAAAAAACUUAUUCUACGAUGGCAAUAUAAUAAAAUGAUGCCCAAUCGAACAAAAUCUGAAUUAGCUCAUUUAUAUUU